AUGUACUCCUCUUUGAAGACUAUCCUGGCUUUGGGCAUGGCCUCUGUGGCUUUGGCCCAGCACUCCAAGCAGGAUGAUGAGAUGGGCCCCGCCGCCUUCAUGUGGCCUGCCGACAGAGUAUGGAGCGGUGACAUGGACAACCAGGAGCCUUGCGGCUCCAGGUCUGGUGUUGCGAACAGAACCGAGUUCCCCCUUGUUGGCGGUAAGGUUGCUCUCGUCGCUCAGGACGACUACUACAACACCCAAAUCUCCAUCUCCUACAGCAACGACCCCAAGUCCAACAGCGACUUCACGACCCUCAUCAAGGAGCAGAGCGUCGCGGACCUGAACCCGGGCCACACCUGCGUCGACAUCCCCAACCCUCCCAGCCAAAUCACGGCCGGGAGCAACGCCACGCUCCAGAUCAUCUACCGCGCCGACUGGGACGCCCCCCACAACCAGACCUUUUACGCCUGCGCCGACAUCCGCUACGUCGAGGCCGCCAACUUCGUCACCCGCAUCCCCUGCUUCAACGCCACCGAGCCCGGCGAGGACGACAUCGCCGCCACCGCCAAGCCCAGCUCCUCCAGCGCCGCCGGCAACAGCGGUUCCUCCUCUUCUUCUGGAGGCGGCAGCAAGGGUCUCUCUGGCGGCGCCAUCGCCGGUAUCGUCAUUGGCGCCGUCGCCGGCGUCGCUCUGCUCAUCGGCGCCGCCCUCUUCUUUUACCGUCGCAGCCAGCAGCAGAAGCGCAACUCCCGCCUCGCCCGCAUGGAGGAGAACGCGAGGAACUCUGAGCACUGGAACGCCGCCAAGGAUUCUACUUCCCAGAGCAGCGUCCAGCUUCAGAACCGAUAA